AUGAAUUUGACGGCAAAUUCUGCAAGGCCAAACCCACAAGGAUCAUUUCAUUACGGUACAAUACCGAUAAACCGAACUCUAGUCCUAGCCAAUGCGGCUACGAUGAUCUACGGGAAGCUUCGGUACACGGUAAACCGAAUUUCGUACAUCAACCCAAUAACACCAUUAAAACUCGCCGAUUGGUAUAACAUAUCCGGUGUAUUCGAUUUGAAGACAAUCAUUAGCACUCCUACAAUCGGACCAGCUCAUUUUGGUACAUCGGUUUUCGACAUUGAGCUCCAUGAGUUCGUCGAAAUCGUUUUCCAAAACGACGAGAGAUCGAUUCUGUCUUGGCAUAUGGAUGGUACUAGCGCCUAUCCUGUCGGAUAUGGGUCAGGGACAUAG